AUGGCAGAAGAUGUAGAUACAAUCGUCGAUGUACACUAUAAUGGGGUGUUCACACCUACCCCAUUGAUGUAUUUUAAUGGAGUAAAAGCCUCUGUACCAUACACGGUUGUGAACAAGAUGAACUUCCCUGAUUUCAUCCCCUUUCUUGAAAAGCUUACUAACGAAAGAUGCGGAGAUGUGUAUUACUGUCCACAUGAAGAGGAAGAAGCAGACCUUGAAGAUGAAGAUUUGGUUUCUAUUGAUGACGUUGACUCCAUUUUAGAAGAUGGUCUGAAAGCUGAACAUGUAGAGGACGAUGAAGUUAUAUCUCUCAAAAGAAACUUCAAUGAUCAUUUCCUCAACAAACUUUGUCCAAUACAAAAUGAUGACUUGGUUCAAGAAGAUCAUAAUGCAAUACGACCUAUCUACCCAAGACAUGAUCAUACUCAGGAAUGGAAUGAGAUGAAGCCUCGAUUAGGCAUGAAAUACUCUACUACUGCUGAACUUAAAUACUCUCUUAGUUGCUAUGCUGUAGCAAAUGGUUAUGAUCUGUGGGCAGGCAUUCCUCUAAGAUGUACCAUUUGCCAACAAACUGGCCACAACAAAGCCACAUGCCUAAGUAAGCCAACUCCAGCUCCAAGCACAACAGGUCCAAGUCAAUCAACUCCAGCUUCAAGCACAGCAGGUCCAAGUCAAUCAACUCCAGCUCCUGUCAAGAGAACUCCUGUGAAGAAAGCUUUUGUGAAGAAGGCUCCUGUGAAGAGAAGUCAUAUGAAGAAGGUUCCUUUGAAUGAUGCUGGUAGGGUGAGAAAAUUUUCAGAAAGAAUCACAGAAAUUGGUCUUCAGAAAAAUGUUAAACUCAAGGAUGGAACUGGAUGCAGCCAAGACAAACCUGUGACCUUAGAGUAA